AUGGACCUGCCUCGGCUCGCGCGCUUCCUCGACGGCGCCGACGAAGAUGGAAUCCUUCCGGAAGCACGAGCGUGGCUCGAUGGACCCCUCCAUGGCGUCGACGACAAGGACGCGAUCGCGCUCUACAACAAGUCGCGGGACUGCUGGCUCCUCGAGACGCGCAAGCUCGACGCGCUCCAGAUCCGCGCAAUCGCAUGUAUCGUCAUGAAGCGCGUCCAGCGGGGCUCCAUGAGUACAGGUGUGGAUCUCCUCCGAUGCUUCUGCCGGCUCGGGCGCCUCCUCCUCAUGUGCGGCGAUGGCCCGUUCCCGAUCGCGACCCCGCAAGCAUGCUUUAAAGAGGCCAUCGAGAUCUACCGCGCCAUUGGCGUGCACAAGCUCGGGAAGGUCCUCGCAGGCGUUGAGCUCGAAGCCGUGAUCGACGAAGUCUUCCAGGCCUUUAUGGGCCAUCUCGAGAGCCUCCCGCUGCAAUCGCUGGACCUCGACACAAUUAUCAGCGACAUCCAAGAGAUCCGCAUGCUCCUUCCAUAUGUGCCCAAGGAAGCACCAGCAGUCGCGAAAGCUCUUUUGGUAUUUGCCGAUUCUUGCUUGGCCACCGACGCACGCGAUGCGGAAAGCACACUUUUGGCCGUCGCCCUGGAAAUCGUCGAGCAGUGCGACCGUCGUCGCAACAAGAAGCUGCGCGCCAUGAUCAUAGGCCGCCUCACCGACGUGUACCUGGACUUGGAGCUGCUCGACAAGGCAGAAGCGUGUCUGCGCUUGCUCGGGGCCACCGACGGGCUUCUCCACGGCGUCAAGCUAUACCUCAAGCGCCAGGAUUGGACUGCCGCGGCAAAUUUGGUCGAGAAGCUACAGAACGGUGACGACUUUGACGCAGCACAUACAGCGACGCGCCUUUUUGCCCAUGCGACCGAGUACGCGGCACCGGCGCUCGAUCUGUGGCACAACCUGCAGCACAACUUUCCCGACGCGGCCUGGAACAUUGACGCCGACAUUGCGAACGAGCUCGCUUUCUCCAACGACAAGAACCUGCGCUGCCAAACGAUUGCGAUCGUGGAACGCAUGGUCAAGGAGCCGUGCACCUCGGAGCAGCAAGCACGGCUCAAGAAGGUGAUCCACGACGGGUCCUGCAACGCCCACAACUACAACCUGCACGACGAGUACUUUCAGUGGGCACGCAUCGGCAUGAUUCUGUCAUCAACGCCGGAAGAUCAAGCGUGUUCCUUCCGGCUCAUGUCCCGCGCCAAGGUCAAGCUGGGAGAAUUCGACGAUGCCGUUCGUUAUGCGCACGAUGCACUCGGAAAAGAAUUGUCCAAGAAGUCGCUCUUCGCGUGCUUCCGGGCGCACCUCGCGGGGCCGUCUCCUGCACCAUCCGAUAUCACGGAGCUCGUCACCAAGCUCAUCAACUUGGACGACUUUGACGUGUACGACUUGGUCAUGUUUGCCAAAGAAGCCCACGAAGCUGGCAGCCCCGCUGUCGUGCUUCAAGUGCUCGACAGCUUUAGCCGCAUGCUUGUGACUCACAUUUUGCAAACGGGUGACGUGCCGCAACUGCCGAUGGGCGUGUUGUUCCAAAACAUGGCGCAGCUCAACAACAGCGAUGAGUCCCUCGACGAAGACACGUCGAUUUCGAAUUUCAUGCGUUACCUGCGCGAUCUUUUGAGCAUUCUCGACAAGAUUGACCCAACUCAAGCGGACACUGCAUUUGGCCCGCCAUCCGUCUUUGAGUGGUUCUACGGCGUUUGCCAUAACCUCGGCUGCAACAAGGAAAACUGGGUGUGUUUCAUGCUGGCAGCCGACGUUGCCGUGAAGGCUGAGGCAUACUUUCCAAACAACACGAAGCUGCGAAGUCGCGAAGAAAAGUGCUGGCUCGCUGCGUCGUGCAUUCGCAUGAAGUCGUUCGACACUCUCUCCGACGUGGAGCUUCGCGAAGUAUUGGCCACGAUCGAGAAGAGCUUGUCCAAGAUCGAUGGCGAUGGCGACACUUCGCGCAUUCUCGACUACUUGGCGACCAGUGCAUUCAAGAUCAACGUCAAACUACUUGCAGUUCAAGGCACGGAAUUCGUCGACCAGCACAUGAAGCACGUGUUACGGACACCAGAAAAGCUACGCGAGCUGGGUGAUUUUGUACUCUACACAUCCAAGCAGUCUCUGAACGAGGGAGCACCUGGUCUUCUGCGGCCCGUUGCGUCUCAGCUCUACAAGCUCAGUUUGCAGCUCGAGCUCCAGAAGGAGAAGGUCGACGCCGCCACAGUCACAUAUCCGCUCAAGAAGAUCAUCGCUCUCGCACAAACCAAGGAAGAGGGCUACGAGUGGCUGCACCAAGCGCGUCAAAUUGCAACAAGCCUCGAGAUCACGUUGUCCGAUGACGAUGUCGAAUGGCUUCUCACCAAAGCAUGGAACUUCGGUGUCUCUUGCUACCGAAACCAAGAGCUCAAGCACGCCGAGAAGUUUAUGACAUUGUCGCUUGCCGCCCUCGAACACUCCAACUCGACGGCUCUCAAAAAGGUGUACCGCGAGAAGCUCCAAGCGCAGUACUCGAAGCUUCAAGAGCUCUCACAUUCCCACGCCGCUUGA